GAGAGGAAGCUGCUGGACCCCUCUGACUAACGAGCUCUCAGCCUCCAUUGAAUCUGGGGAGAAACCGCCUCUGUCCAUGAAAAAUGACUCGUCCCUAUUGGCUGGAUUUCAGUGCACUCGCUAUAACAACAGGAUAUGCAAAGAGCUGUGGGCUGAUCCAGCCUAUCAAGUCUUUCGCACGCUUUUUUGACCGAGUCCUGUGUUUUUGCUCAGUAGGAUGUGAGCUGUGGAUGGUAGAAAUGCAAUAAUAACAAUAACAAUAAUAGGAAUAAUAAUAGUAUAGUGCUGAUGAUGGUGCAUGAGGGAGCUGUGAAGCUGAAGGCUGCUGUUGUUCUUGUUCUGUGUAGUCAAAGCUGCUGCUGAAGAAUGUUCAAGUAUCGGAUCCGGCUGUUUUUCAAUGAACUCAAAGUGUUGCUACUGAUGCGCUCUGGAUCCAGCAGCAGCAGCAGCAUCAGGACCGACACAGGCACAGACCCACACCCGCACACCAGGAUGAGGGGGCUGCCUAUAGCAGACUGUGGCUGGCCGCCGCUCAGCUGCUCCCACCGGGACGACGAGGAGGAAUAUUAUGGCUCUGACCCCCGGCCCCGCAGUCUGGCGUUGGAGGAUAAGGAAGAAGGAGACAAAACCCAGGGAGGAGAAGAAGGAGGAGGCCUGGAAACUGCCUCCCUGCCAAGUCUCUCAGAGAGCGGGACGUGCUCCCCGCAGUGCCGGAUCUGCUUCCAGGGGCCAGAGAAGGGGGAGCUGUUGAGCCCCUGUCGCUGUAAUGGCUCUGUGCGUUGUACCCACCAGUCCUGCCUUAUUCGAUGGAUCAGUGAGAGAGGCUCCUGGAGCUGUGAGCUGUGCUAUUUCAAGUACCAGGUCCUGGCCAUCAGCACCAAAAACCCACUGCAGUGGCAGUCCAUCUCUCUGACUGUGAUCGAGAAUGUGCAGAUCGCAGCCAUCAUCCUGGGCUCCUUGUUCCUCAUCGCGAGUAUCUCCUGGUUGGUGUGGUCCUCUCUCAGCCCCUCGGCCAAAUGGCAGCGGCAGGACCUGCUCUUUCAGAUAUGCUACGGCAUGUACGGCUUCAUGGACAUCGUUUGUAUAGGCCUUAUAAUCCAUGAAGGGUCGUCUGUUUACCGGAUCUUUAAGCGCUGGCAGGCAGUGAACCAGCAGUGGAAAGUGCUGAACUAUGAGAAAGCGAAGGACUUAGGUGACCUGGUCAGCUCCGGCAGUAAAGGCGCGGGACGCGUUGAGAGGAACUCUGCUCACACUGUCACAGACAGCAGACGGGGGACGAAUCGCCAUGUCAGGACUACUCUCCACCACCACUGUGGCUACACUAUUUUGCACAUCCUCAGCCAGUUAAGGCCCAACAGCCUGCGCAAUGCCAACCAUGAGGUGGUCAUGAGAGUGACCACUGUAUGAGGCUGGGAUACGAACCGUAUAUAUAGAGACAAAUGUGGUUUGAUGGUAAAGGAGGAGAUGAAAGUGUGGAUUGGGAUUUAAUAAAAAGAAAGAUCCUAAUCUUCCACAUAAACACUGCCGUUAACUUCUAGUCUCCCUGAGCUCAAAGUGGACAAGUGGAAAACAAUAUUUCUGAGGUUUAAGCAAAGGGAGAAUGCUGAAGGUUUUUUUUUUUAAAGUAAAAACAGAGAAAAAAAGAAAAGAAAAAGCUUUGAUGCUUAAAGCUAUUAACCAUUUUUACCACCUUGACCAAUGUUACACUAUGUCUUUUAACUGCUUUUGUUUGAUUUGGAUUCAACUUGAACUAUAACAGAGAAUUUAAUGGUGAAAAUGAUGCAAUUUCUCAUGUGAUGCCCACAACAAUGGCCCCUGGCUCCUCAUAAUUUAUUUCACGUG